AGAAAUCUCUGGGACAUUUGGAUAAUGUGACAGUUGUGAUGCAGUGAUGUCGUCUCUCUGUCCACCACCAUCUCCAGCUGUUGCCAAGACAGAGAUUGCUUUAAGUGGUGAAUCACCUCUAUUGGCAGCUACUUUUGCUUAUUGGGACAAUAUCCUUGGUCCUAGAGUAAGGCACAUUUGGGCACCAAAGACAGAGCAAGUACUUCUCAGUGAUGGAGAAAUAACCUUUCUUGCCAACCAUACCCUAAACGGGGAGAUCCUUCGAAAUGCAGAAAGUGGGGCCAUAGAUGUCAAGUUUUUUGUCUUGUCUGAAAAGGGAGUGAUUAUAGUUUCUUUGAUCUUCGAUGGGAACUGGAAUGGAGAUCGAAGUACCUAUGGACUAUCAAUUAUACUUCCGCAGACAGAGCUCAGUUUCUAUCUCCCUCUUCACAGAGUGUGUGUUGACAGAUUAACACACAUCAUCCGGAAAGGAAGGAUAUGGAUGCAUAAGGAAAGGCAAGAAAAUGUUCAGAAGAUUGUCCUAGAAGGCACAGAAAGAAUGGAAGAUCAGGGCCAGAGUAUUAUUCCCAUGCUUACUGGGGAAGUAAUUCCCGUAAUGGAACUCCUUUCAUCUAUGAAGUCACAUAGCGUUUCUGAAGAAAUUAAUAUAGCUGACACAGUGCUGAACGACGAUGAUAUUGGUGACAGCUGUCAUGAAGGCUUCCUUCUCAAUGCAAUCAGUUCACACCUGCAGACAUGUGGCUGCUCUGUCGUCGUAGGUAGUAGUGCAGAGAAAGUAAAUAAGAUAGUGAGAACAUUAUGCCUUUUUCUGACUCCAGCAGAGAGAAAAUGCUCCAGAUUAUGUGAAGCUGAAUCAUCACUUAAAUAUGAGUCAGGGCUCUUUGUACAAGGCCUGCUGAAGGAUUCAACAGGAAGCUUUGUGCUUCCCUUCCGGCAAGUCAUGUACGCCCCUUACCCCACCACUCACAUAGACGUGGACGUCAAUACUGUCAAGCAGAUGCCACCCUGUCAUGAGCAUAUUUAUAAUCAGCGGAGAUACAUGAGAUCGGAGCUGACAGCGUUCUGGAGAGCCACUUCUGAAGAAGAUAUGGCCCAGGACACGAUCAUCUACACAGACGAGAGCUUCACUCCUGACUUGAAUAUUUUUCAAGAUGUUUUACACAGAGACACUCUAGUAAAAGCCUUCCUAGAUCAGGUCUUUCACUUGAAACCCGGUUUAUCUCUCAGGAGCACGUUCCUUGCACAGUUUCUACUUGUCCUCCACAGAAAAGCCUUGACGUUAAUAAAAUACAUUGAAGAUGAUACGCAGAAGGGGAAAAAGCCCUUUAAAUCUCUUCGGAACCUGAAAGUGGACCUUGAUUUAACAGCAGAGGGCGAUCUUAACAUAAUAAUGGCUCUGGCUGAAAAAAUUAAACCAGGCCUGCACUCGUUCAUCUUUGGGAGAUCUUUCUACACUAGUGUACAAGAGCGGGAUGUUCUAAUGACUUUUUAA